AUGCGCCACUGCGCCGUGAGCGAGCCCGGGAACGUCGAGUUUCAACCUCCCCGAACCACCCCUGCGGUUUCGACGACCGAUCAAGCCUCAACAUCACCGGGUAAGCUUCUCCUGAACACUUCGCCCAAGCCGCCCAGUACCAUCAGGGCGUUAGACCUGCCAGCACCAGCCGACCUCUCCUCUCCUCCAUCAGCCUGUACCACCAUGGGCCCCAUCAGCAGCAGAAGUGCUGCAACGAGUAUGACUCCCCCUUAUAUCUCGCUGACUACAACGAUUAAUUUGAGCUGUCGAGCCUCUACCAUGGCGGACUGCGAGGUGCUCAUCGCGAGGAGAGACACGCUGCUCGCUACUCUGGGUCGGGCAGAGGCUUUCGUCGCCAACUACGAUGCAGGACGGGACCAAGGACAAAUACCGCUGAGACUGAGCCACGUCGACAACAUCUGGUCUAACCUCGAAGCGGUGCAGGGCCAGCUUGAGGAUACGGAAAGUACAGCAGAAGGUAGGGCAUUGCAUGCUGAUGUUCGUGCUGGCUAUGAAACCCGGCUUUUCGCAAUAAAAGCAGACUUACUCUCUAAAAUGCCUCCCACUCAUAUGAACGCUCGCAAUCCUUGUUCCGCUCAAACUAACUCCGCUCUCUCUGGGAUCAAGCUUCCAACUAUUUCGCUUCCGGAAUUCGACGGCGAUUACCAGCACUGGCUCACUUUCCACGAUACGUUCGUCGCUUUGAUACAUUCGAACGCUGAUCUGCCCGACAUCCAAAAAUUCCACUACUUAAGGGCAGCGGUAAAAGGAGAAGCCGCGCAGUCCAUCGAGUCGAUCGCGAUCAGUUCCGCUAAUUAUAACUUGGCUUGGGAUGCACUGAAAGGUCGUUACUCCAACGAGUAUUUAAUGAAGAAGCGCCACCUCCAGGCACUCUUCGAUGUUCCACGGAUGAAGAAGGAGUCCGCUACGACACUUCAUGGGUUGGUUGACGAGUUCGAACGGCAUGUGAAAGUCCUUCGGCAGCUUGGAGAACCUACCGAUUCGUGGAGCAGCCUUCUCGAACACCUGAUUUGCACGAGAUUACACGACGACACACUCAAGGUGUGGGAGGACCAUGCGUCGACGGUGACAGAUCCAAACUACGACUGCCUGAUUGGGUUCCUGCAACGGAGAAUUCGGGUUUUGGAGUCGAUUUCUGUGAAUCACCAUGCACCAUCGGGUUCCGCUCCACCUACCGCGUCGUCGUCGAAGAAGCAAAUACCGAUGAUUCGUCUUUCGUCGUGCUCUUCCACUGCUAGCACAACGAAACGAUGUCCAGCUUGCAAUCAGCCACAUCCUUUGGGCAAAUGUUUCAAGUUUCAGCGUCUUCCGCUUUCUGAACGUCAGCAGAUUGUCAACGCGAAGCGCCUGUGUACUAACUGCUUGAAAUCCGAUCAUUCUAAUCGCAACUGUCCAUCGGAACUCACUUGCAGGUAUUGUAAUCGUCGGCACCAUAGUCUUCUUCACUACGCAGCCCCGGAUGCCAGCCGCAGGUCCUCAAACGACAGCGCAACGCUUCCCAUCACCACCUCGUCAACUCCGGUGAUCAAUCACUCGUUUUCUCCAGCAGAGCAUUCCGAACAGUCUCUGGUGAUCGCAACAGAUGGUCAGGUUCCAGUGGUUCAAACUAGCGUCCCUCGUCACCACGAACGAGACAAUGUGUUUUUGCUCACCGUCAUCGUAAAUAUCGUCGACGCUUUCGGUCACGAACAUCCAGCACGCGCUCUUUUGGACAGCGCCUCACAGCCAAAUCUUAUAACCGAGCGACUCGCCAGCAUGCUUCGUCUGCGGCGCAGCAACGUCAACGUUACGGUACAGGGUGCCGGUAAAUUGUCCAAGCCUGUGCGCCAGUCAGUCUACACCGAAAUUCGGUCGCAGAAUCAGCCAUUCUCGUGUGAUGUCAACUUCUUGGUGAUGGACAAAGUCACAGCAGACCUUCCAUCACAGAAUAUUUCUACGGCAGGGUGGAAUAUCCCGAAGGAACUGGGGCUGGCCGAUCCUUCGUUCAACAAGUCGCAGCCAAUUGACUUGGUACUCGGUGCGAGGCAUUUCUAUUCGUUCUUCCCCAGUGCUGCACGGUUACAGUUGGCUGCAAAUCUCCCAGUCCUCGUUGAUAGCGUUUUCGGCUGGAUAGUCGCUGGUUCUUCUACUCAAAUCCAUCCAGACUCCACUUCUGGCACUUCUGCAUCCAGUUCCAUAACUAUGUCGAUGGUGUCCCUCGAGGAAAGCAUUGAACGCUUCUGGAAAACUGAAGAAUUGGUCCUCAACGACGGUUACUCUGUGGAAGAACGGCACUGUGAGACAGUCUACCAGUCUUCGGUCGAGCGCAAUGACGAAGGCCGCUACAUCGUUCGAAUGCCUCGUCAACCUGAUUUCGACGUCAAGCUUGGAGCAUCAAAAGCCAAUGCGCUACGCCGUUUUCAGCUCUUGGAGAAGCGCCUUGAGCGGAACGCAAAACUCAAGGAAGAUUACCACGCGUUUAUGCAGGAAUACCUCGACCUUGGCCACAUGCGCUUGGUAGGAACGCACGAAAAAGAACCUGCAGUAGCCUACUAUCUUCCGCACCACCCAGUCUUCAAAGAUUCCAGCACGACCACCAAAGUUCGAGUAGUUUUCGACGCUUCGGCAAAGACUUCGACAGGCUAUUCGCUAAACGAAGCACUUUCCGUGGGCCCGGUGGUACAGGAUGAUCUGCUGGACAUCAUGAUUCGCUUCCGAACCUUCAAGGUGGCCGUGGUAGGCGACAUUGCCAAAAUGUACAGGCAAGUUUUGCUGCAUCCGGACGACAGGUCGCUCGUUCGCAUCUUUUUUCGAUUCACUCCAAGUUCUCCAGUACAGGUUUACGAAUUGCUCACCGUUACGUACGGCUUGGCGCCUUCUUCCUACCUUGCAACACGCACAUUGAAACAGCUGGCGGAUGACGAAGGCGAGGCGUACCCCCUUGGUGGUCCUGCGUUGCGCAAGAGCUUUUACGUCGACGACUUCAUCGGAGGAGCACAAUCUGUUCAAGAGGCUAUUCGACUGCGAACGGAAAUGAGCGAGCUACUGGCCAAGGGAGGCUUCGAGCUGAGAAAAUGGACGUCCAAUGAGCUCGAUGUUCUGCAGGGCCUGAAAGACGACCAAAUUGGUACUCAGUCAUCCCUCGAAUUCAGCCCUAACGAAACCGUGAAAGCCUUAGGAAUCUGUUGGGAACCGGAAGCGGAUACCUUGCGCUUCGACUCCAGUGUCGAUGAGAACAGCAAACCACCCACCAAGCGUUCCAUUUUGUCGGCCAUAUCACGUUUAUUUGAUCCACUUGGUCUCAUCGCACCGGUCGUCGUGAAAUCCAAGAUUUUGAUGCAGGAGCUCUGGCUGUUAUCUUGCGGAUGGGACGAUCCCGUUCCGGAACAGGUCCAGCAAAAGUGGGAGAACAUUCGCAGCGAACUUCCGAAAAUUUCCUCAUACCGUGUCGACCGCUAUGCACUCUUGCCAAACUCAACGAUCCAGCUACACACUUUCUCCGAUGCUUCAGAAUCGGCGUACGGUGCAUGCAUCUACGCCCGCUGCGAGAACGCGCAAGGUCAGACUCGUAUUUGCCUGCUGGCAUCCAAGUCGCGUGUGGCACCCCUAAAACGAGUUAGUCUUCCACGCUUGGAACUCUGCGCCGCUGUUUUAGGUGCCCAUCUUUACGAUCGGAUCAAGAAAGCUAUCGGCAUCGACAUUUCCACCUCGUUUUUCUGGUCCGACUCUGCCAUUACGCUGCAGUGGAUCCGUUCGCCUCCGAACACUUGGAAGACAUACGUCGGUAAUCGGGUUUCAGAGAUCCAACACUUCUCCCAUGGCUGUAUCUGGAAUCACGUCGCUGGCUACGAAAAUCCUGCCGAUCUGGUGUCACGCGGAAUGACAGUAGCGGAAUUCGUCGGAAGCAAUCUCUGGCGCAGCGGACCCGAUUGGUUAGCCCGUCAAGCACAGUAUUGGCCAACAUGUGAAGCUCCAAACGUACCCGAAGAAGACCUUGAAAUUCGAACGGUUUCUGUAGCGGCAACUGCAACGUCACCACCGAUCAACUCGUUGUUCCUACGAUGGUCCUCCUACACUCGCCUGCUCCACGUCGUCGCUCACUGUCAGCGUUUCGUUGCGAAUUGUCGUGCCAAAACUCGUACUCAACCAGAAUCAGACCAAGUUACCACUACCGUCAGCCUCCUUCCCCAACAGUUAGCUGAAGCCAAAACGACCCUAGUUCGCCUUGUGCAAAAUGACUCCUUUGCCACCGAAAUAAAAGCCUUUCAAGUUGCCGAGCACUACCACAAGAAGCUUCUCCACGGCGGCGGGCGUGCUCUGCUGGCAGCAAUGCGCGAAGAAUUUUGGCCGAUCGACGGCCGCAGACUAGUGCGAAAUGUAGUUCGUGCUUGCUUCCGAUGCUAUCGUCUCAACCCGGUGGCUGCACAGCAACAAAUCGGCCAGCUACCUGCUGCCCGAGUGAUUCCCAGUCGUCCAUUCAGCGUAGUAGGAGUUGAUUACGCUGGGCCAUUCUACCUGAAGGCCAUCCACAAACGAGCUGCUCCCACGAAAGCGUAUCUGUGCCUCUUCGUGUGCUUCGCAACGAAGGCGGUGCACCUAGAGUUAGUCAGCGAACUGUCCACGUCUGCUUUCCUGGCAACUCUUCGCAGGUUUAUCUCUCGGCGAGGCCGCCCCUCGGACAUACAUUCGGACAAUGGGAAGAAUUUUGAAGGUGCUAGCAACGACAUCACCCAAUUGUAUGACAUGCUCGCUGAAGAAACAUUCCAAGCGGAAAUCGUAUCGACAUGUGCCGCCGAAGGAACUACUUGGCACUUCACACCUCCAAAAGCUCCUCACUUCGGCGGGCUAUGGGAGUCGGCCAUCAAGGUAGCGAAGAAGCAUCUUUCAGUAAGAUUCGAACAUGACGUAGAAGGAGAGGGGGCAGAGUCGAUUGGAGAUGAUAUGGAAGACAUUCCCACUUUAGAAGAUAUUCUGAGGGAGACGGAAUGUGAAGUGGAGCUGGUAAAGGUUCCGCGAUUAGUGUUGCUAAAAGAGUUAGAACGACGUCUGCGGGCCGAACAAGCGGAAGAGAGUCUAACGGUGGAAGUGGCAAAUCUAUCGAGUCAGUUGCAGAAAUUUAUUCAUCACAAGGAAACCUGGAAUCAACAGGUCCAAACUGAUGAAGUCGAAGAUCUUGUUCCAAGGCCGCCGGUAGUAUUUACUUCCGCCAAUCCGGCUGCUCUUGGUCCCUCGACAUCGAUCCAAGAUCGGCGUAUCUCGCUCGGCGAUCCCACUACCCAGCCGUAUCAUCCAAAGAGCGACCGGCUAGUCGCUGACCCAGUCCGGGUGGAGCCUUCGACCUCGACGGCGCCCAACCGACCGACGGCCGCACCUCCUCAAAGCUAG